AUGCCUCAAGGAGUACAUAUGUCUAAAAGGAAAAGCGGUUGUCAGCAAAGAAAAGAUAAAAAGGCAAAACUGAAUGAAAUAGAAAGUAUUUCUGGAUCCCUGCUGAAGUAUGUAAAAGUUGAAGAAAAUCAUCAUGACGUUCAAAUUACGACGCCUGAUGCUGAAAACACUUUCGACAGUCAUGUAUCGUCGACUAAUAGUGAAAAAGAACUAAAUAAUAACAAUGUAAUAGAAGAUAAUGUAAACAAAUCGAAGAGUUUCGAACCCGAUGAAAUGAGAGAUGAUGAAUUGAAGAAAACUAGCUGCUUGGAUAUUUUACAAGAUGUUUCACAUUGGCGUUUACCCCUUUCAGAAAAUUGUCGUGUUUCAAUAAUGAAUAAAUGGAGUUGUCAUUUUCAAAACAAGGACGGACCAUUUGAGCCAACAUUGCGACAAGGGAUAAAAGUUAAAGGAGAAAUGCGCUGCUUAUCAACAGCAUGGUUUUCUAAAGAAAUGCCUAAUGGUCAAAAAAUUCUUAGGACAUGGAUGGUCUAUUCGCCAAUCAGCAAACAAUUAUAUUGUUUUUGUUGUCGCUUAUUUGCCAGCAGUGAUGAAAACGGAUCUUUAUUUGUAAGCGGAUUUUUCAAAUGGUGGAAGUUAAAUCCUAAAGUGGUACAACAUGAAAACUCGGAAGAACACCUUGAAAAUUUAGAAAAAUGGAAACUUUUUGAAACUGGUCUGAAAUUACAAAAUACUAUAGACAGUGAAUUGUUGAAAAAUAUGGAGUCAGAAAAUAAAAAAUGGAGAAAUAUCUUAACAAGGUUAUUAGAUAUAACUCUAUUUUUGUCCAAACAAAAUUUAGCAUUUCGAAGCCACGAUGAAAGUGAAAAUUCAACGAAUAGAGGAAACUUUCUUGAAAUGGUAAAACUUCUUUCUAAGUAUGAUGUUGUAUUGAAAGAACACACGAUGAGAUUGGAUCGACAUGUAUCAUACCUGUCACCGGAAACACAAAAUGAAUUUUUAUUUUUUUUUUUGCAACUUUAG